AUGCGCUUGCUAUACCCUUGUAACAAGAUCAAGAGUCAAGUACAUAAGAGAUGUGUUGCUUUAUUUUUCGGACGAUGGGACGAGAUUCAUGUAGUUCGAACCCUCUUGAAACCUUCUAUGAACAUGUCUACCCAUUCGCUCCCCACCUACGAGAACAUCCCUCCUGUCGAUGGCAUGCCUCACGGUUGCGCUUGGGGUCUUUGGGACAAGGAUGACAAAGCUGAUCAAGUUGGAUCUCUUAACCUUCUAACCCCAUCCAACACACUCGAGGCCAGGAAAGAGAUUCAGACCGGUGUUUCAGUUUCACUGAACUGGCCACUGGAACGGAUUGAGGACCCAGGUCACAAUCGGACCAAGAUCAAGCACCGUUUCUUGGAUCUGAAGCCUGCCCUGGUGGGACACGAUGACGAAAUUUGCAUUAAUACACAGACAAGCAGUCAAUGGGACGGACUCCGACAUUGGGCCCACCAGGACUCGGGGAAGUACUACAACGGCUUGACUCAUGAUGAGAUCAGCGGGGAAAGACCCAAUCUACGCAAUGGCAUUCAAGAAUGGUCGAAACGAGGCGGUGUUGUCGGCAGGGGUGUGCUUCUGGACUACGUUGCAUGGGCUGAGAAGAGAGGCAUCGAGUACAGUGCGGCCAGCAAACACUGUAUUAGUCACCUAGACUUGGAAGCGAUUGCGGAGGAAGAGGGCUUGAAGCUCAGAGUCGGCGAUAUCCUCAUGAUCAGAACUGGGUGGAUCAAGUGGUACAACGAAUCCACCUCGGAUGAAAGAGUGGCGGGAUGUAAGACAAACCACAACUAUGUAGGAGUUGAGGGUACUGCCGAGAGCAUCAAGUGGUUGUGGGAUCAUCACUUCUCUGCUUUGGUGGGCGACAACAUGGCUUUCGAGGCGUGGCCAGCGGAAGGCCCAUACAGUGAGCAUGACCGUUACCCUCCGAUGCCGAACCUCUUCUCUGACGAACAGUUAGGAAUCCAUGAUAAUGCUCUGGCCUUAUGGGGAACACCGCUAGGAGAGUGA